GGACCUAGAAUUUGGAUGUUGAAUGGUAUCACUUUGAAGAAAAUUACUUAAUAUUUUAUAGUAAGGUGACUUUAUCAGUAAAAACCUUCAAGAAGAAUUGAUGUGAUUUUUAAAAUCAACUUAGAUGCUUGCAUUUUGGAUUGCUGCACUCUUACUCUUCGACAUAUCAACAGGAAAAGAAGUUUGCUAUGAAAGGGUGGGAUGCUUUAAAGACGGUUUACCAUGGACUGGGACUUUGUCAAGACAGUUGGCAGGUCUGCCCUGGUCUCCAGAGGAGGUAAACACUCGCUUUCUGCUCUACACUAGACAGAAUCCCAAAGUCUAUCAGGAAAUCAGUGCAGUUAAUUAUCUAACUAUCCAAACCUCACACUUUGGAACAGACAAGAUGACCCGUAUCAACAUACCUGGAUGGAAAUCAGAUGGAAAAUGGCAGCAAGACAUGUGCAAUGUGUUACUAAAAGUGGAAGACGUGAACUGCAUUAACAUAGACUGGAUUAACGGUUCGCUGGAAUACAUCCACGCCGUAAACAAUCUCCGCGUUGUCGGUGCUGAGGUGGCAUAUUUUAUUGAUGUUCUCGCGAAAAAGUUUGGAUAUUCUCCUUCUAAAGUUCACUUGAUUGGCCACAGCGUGGGAGCACAUCUGGCUGGGGAAGCUGGGUCAAGGGUACCAGGCCUUGGAAGAAUAACAGGGUUGGACCCAGCCGGGCCAUAUUUCCACAAUACUCCAAAUGAAGUUAGGCUGGACCCCUCGGAUGCCGACUUCGUCGAUGUCAUUCAUACAAAUGCAGUUCGCUUGCUCUUUGAGUUUGGUGCUGGGACUAUUAAUGCUUGUGGUCACCUUGACUUUUACCCAAAUGGAGGGAAGCAUAUGCCAGGAUGUGAAGACUUAAUAACACCUUUAUUUAACUUCGAUCUCCACGCUUACAAGGAAGAAGUGGCUUCCUUCUUUGAUUGCAACCAUGCCCGAAGUCAUCGCUUCUAUACUGAAAGCAUUCUCAACCCUGAUGCAUUUAUUGCUUAUCCUUGUAGAUCCUACAGAUCUUUCAAAGCGGGAAAUUGCUUCCAUUGUCCCAAAGAAGGUUGUCCAACAAUGGGUCAUUUUGCUGAUAGAUUUCACCUCAAAAAUAUGCAGCCUAAUAGAUCAUAUUAUUUUUUAAACACAGGGUCUCUUUCCCCAUUUGCCCGUUGGAGGCACAAAUUAUCUGUCAAACUCGAUGGAAACAACGCCACUCAAGGGACCCUGUUUCUCCGUGUAGGUGGAACGACCGGGAACACGGAGGAGUUUGUGAUGGCCAGUGGGACACUUAAGCCAGGCAUGACUUAUACAAAAUUAAUUGAUGCAGACGUUAAUGUUGGAAAUGUUACAAAUAUUGAGUUCAUUUGGAAGGAAUAUUUGUUGGGGCAUUCUCAGAAUAAGUUGGGAGCAGAAAUGGUGACAGAUAUAUCUGGAAAACAUGGAUAUGAAUCUACCUUCUGUAGCCAGGACAUAAUGGGACCCAAUAUUGCCCAGAUCCUGAAACCAUGCUAAUUUCAGAUACAGUUUUGAUGGAUUUAUUUAAUGAAAGAAUCUUCUUCUCAUUGGUAUCUGAACCAAACUUGGCCUUCGUGAAUGAGAGGAGGUGAUGCCAAAGUGUGGUGGUAUAAAUUGCGCAAAAGUGAGACUCUGGUUGAGUACUUGAAGCACAUUUUGAGUAUUUCCAGGUAGAAUAAGCACAGUUCUAGAAUGAUAUAAAGAAUAUUUAUUAUGUUGUUAAAUCUUGCUAAGACAAAUUAUGGCUAUAGUUCAUGAUCUGUAGAUGAUAACCCUGUGGGUUGAUAUGUCUAUGUAUUAAUAAUGAAAAACCGAUGAGAGUACGUUAGUAGUUCCAAGGUGUUCCUUGGUCUUCAGGUGUGUGUGAGGUAGAAGAGAUUUGGGGGCUUAUCUGUGAUAUGUCCAAUAGUAAGCAAUAGGCCCUGAGGAUCAUCAGCCCCUUCUCUCGAAGCCACCUGCCCAGGGAGAGUUACUCCUUCCUCUCUGGACCUUGAAAGACCCAUUGCAAAUUUGCAUUUAGCCUAAAGGCAGUAUUUCAUUUGUAAAGCACUUGACUGUCCCUUUGUGUGUGCAAUAAUAAUCCUGCAAUAUUUAACUGUGU